AUGCGGGCGCUCACGGUGCCGUUCCACGCGACGCCGGACAAGCUGGAAGUGUCCACGCUGGCGGUGCCAUCGAUAUUCGCGGCGACAGACGUGCUGAUCCGCGUGCACGCGGCCUCGAUCAACCCCAUCGACGUCAAGAAGGCCGCGGGAAUGACCAAGCUGCUGGAGACAGUCAGCUUCCCGUUCGUGCUGGGCCAGGACGUUAGCGGCGUGAUCGUCCAGCGCGGCGAUGACGCAGGUGACUUCAAUAUCGGCGAUGAAGUGUACUCGCCGCUGCUUAAAGGAGCCGCAGCCGCAGACUACGUCGUCACGUCGUCCAAGCACCUAUGCCGCAAGCCCGUAACGAUCUCCCACAGCCUCGCCGCAGCACUGCCGACGGUAGCCACAACAGCGCUGCAAGCGCUCGCUCGGGCGGCCUCCCUACAGCCCUCCGGCGACCUGACAGGAAAAACGGUGUUCAUCCCCGGCGCGCUCAGCGGGACAGGGCACAUCGCGCUGCAGCUCGCGAAGCGGGUGUUCAACGCAGGGCACGUGAUAACGACCGCGUCGCCGGAAAAGAUCGCGCGGAUCCCCGAGCUGCUGGGCGAGGGGACGGUGGACCAGGUCAUCGACUACACCACUCAGGACGUGCAUAAGGAGAUCGAACGGGGGUCGGUCGAUUUCGUGUUUGAUACCAUGGGCGAUGCGUUGAGUUAUUUCUCGCUGGUCAGGCCGGAGACGGGUGUCGUGAUCAGUCUGGCCACUAUGCCGAGUGGUGAGCAGGCGCUGAAGGCGUACCCGGAAACGCCCUGGGCCGCGAAGGUUAUGCUCAAUCUGGUCGAUGCGUGGUAUCAGUGGAGGGCGAGGCGCUGGGCGGUGGGGACCUACGAGUUUUUCUUUCCGGAUCCGGACAUCUACGCGAAGGAUUUGGAGAAGGUGGCGUGGUGGGUAGGUGAGGGGAAGCUUAGGCCGGUGAUUGGAAGGACGGCGAGGCUGGAGGAUCUGGAGGGGGUUAUUGCAGGGUGCACUGAGGUGAAAAGCGGGAAGGGCGGUACGGGGAAGUUUGUUAUCGAGCUUGUUUAA